AUGCCUGAACCAGCAAAGUCUGCGCCUAAGAAGGGCUCCAAGAAGGCCGUCACGAAGACCGCCGGUAAGGGAGGAAAGAAGCGCAAGAGGUCCAGGAAGGAGAGUUACGCUAUCUACGUCUACAAAGUCCUUGAAGCAGAGAGAUCCAGACCGCCGUGCGUCUGCUGCUUGCCCGGAGAGCUGGCCAAACACGCCGUGUCCGAGGGCACCAAGGCAGUGACCAAGUACACCAGCUCCAAGUAG